CCGACCCCAAAACUGCACACCCCGACCCCAGACCGCGCCUCCGCGGCACGGGGGGACCCUCGACGGAGCUCCCGCGAUGGCUGCGGAGGGACCCUGCGCCCCGGGAGCCGCCGGGCCGCUGCCGGCCCCGGCCGAGAGCGGCUGCUCGGACGAGUUCGCCCUCGACUGCACCUUCUCCGCCUGUGACCCCGAGCACACAGGGUCGGUGCUGCCGCAGCGGGUGGUCGAGUACGUGGCGGCGGUGACGGGGCACAGCGGGCACGAGGGGCGGCUGCGGGCGCUGCGGCGGGCGCUGGACCCCGCGGCCUCGGGGGCCGCGCUCGACCUGCCCCGGUUCCGCGCGGCCAUGGGCACCUGGAUCGCGGCGUGUCGGCAGGAUGGGAGUGCGUGGCUUGGCGAGGAGCAGGAGGACACGGAGAGCAGCGAGCCCAGACCGGCACUGGCCGAGGAGGACGGGCGUGCGGCCCUGGCAGCCGCCCAGCUCCAGGGUGGCAGCGGCGACAGGGACGUCACCAGCCCCGCCGAAGCCGCCGGGCUGCGCAGCCGUGCCAGGCAGCUGGCCGCCCACAACACGAAGCUGCAGCGGGACGCCGAGCUGGCCGAGGAGCUGAACGCCCGCCUGGCCGAGGAGACGGCUCAGCUCCAGGCUCAGCUGCGGAGCAGCCGGCAGGCGCUGGAGCAGGCCAGGGCGGCCGCCGAGGAGCUGGAGGACCUGAAGGCCGUGGCAAAGGGGCUGGAGGAGGAGAACGGCGAGCUCCGGCGGCAGGCGCGGCACAUGGAGAAGGAGCAGCGCAGCCUGUGCUUGCGGGCCGAGGGGCUCCAGGAGGAGAACCAGCGGCUGCUCGCCGAGGGCCAGGGGCUGCGGGAGCAGAUCCAGGCGCAGACGGCCCGCGUGGCAGACCUGGAGGAAUUGCGGCUGGAGACGAUGCAGCUGCGGCAGCAGCUGGGCCGGAUGAGGGACGCCUGGGCCAU